UGGUCUCUUAGCUGGGUUCUCCCGGGUGGCGUAAAUUGUUUGGCCUGAAGUGUCAGUGGCACAGAUCAUAAACAUUACUCAUUCGGAAGCCUUUCCAUGGUGCAUUUAAUCCCCUGGUGACCCUACUUUAGGCACAGAGAAACGUUAUUCAGCCAAAAGCGGUCACCUGGCUUCCAGUCCGAGAGCGCCGCGGCGGGUGCGGGCCUCGCUGCUCUAACCUCCGCUAUGCCCAUUGCUUCUGGGUCCGGGUUCCAGACGAAGGCACCCCAGAUCUGUAAUUUCUCUCCAGUGACUUCUUUCUACCUUUCAGAUAAGUGCCAUGGCUUACAUUCAGACGUUUCUAUCAAUGCAGCUGCAUAUUUCCAACAUUCUUUUUCAGAUUCCAUGGAAGAAUACCCUACCGUCGAAACAACACCGAAUUGGGAGCCAGAAGGCCUGGGUUCCAGUUCUGUCAGUCAUUAAAUAGCGGUAUGACAUUGGAGAAGUAUUUCUUACCUCUCUGGACUCCCAUUUUCCUUUUCUGUAAAAUAAGGAGUUUGGAAUAAAUAGCAAGAGAAUCAUGAACCAGAAAAUACUGAAGUUGGAGAACUUGCUACAAUUUCAUACUGUCAGUAGGCAGCUGCACAGCCUGGGUCAAAGAAGAACAUUAGCACAGUGGAGACAUGUAUUUUCAUCUGUUUACCCAGUGUGGACAACUCAGCUGUAUGCCCGCCCCUGGCAAACAGACAUGUUCAUCAGGGCUGCUUUAUCUCAGUAUAGGCUUCUGGUAACAAAGAAGGAAGAAAGAUCAAAGAAACCUCAGUUAUCUUCUACAAAAUCCAGAAAGGAAGUGGAGGUAUGGAUUGGAAUGACUGUUGAGGAACUGGCCAGAGCAAUGGGAAAAGACCUAGAUUGUAUAUAUGAAGCUUUAAUGAACACUGCUGUGGACAUAGAUUCACUAGAAGCAGACUCACAUUUGGAUGAAAUCUGGAUCAAAGAAGUGAUAAAGAAUACAGGGAUGAAAUUAAAAUGGAGCAAAUUAAAACAAGACAAAGUCAGAGAAAAUAAAGAUGCUGUAAGAAGGCCCCAGGCAGAUCCAGCUUUAUUAACCCCAAGGUCCCCAGUUGUUACUAUAAUGGGCCAUGUUGAUCAUGGGAAAACGACAUUACUUGACAAACUACGAAAAACUCAAGUGGCAGCACUGGAAGCUGGAGGCAUCACUCAGCACAUUGGUGCCUUUCUUGUCUCUCUGCCUUCUGGGGAGAAGAUAACCUUUCUCGAUACUCCCGGACAUGCUGCUUUCUCAUCAAUGAGAGCCAGAGGUGCUCAGGUCACUGACAUUGUCAUACUGGUUGUGGCUGCAGAUGACGGAGUGAUGAAACAAACUGUAGAAUCUAUUCAGCAUGCCAGAGAUGCCCAAGUUCCUAUUGUCCUUGCCAUAAACAAAUGUGACAAAGCUGAGGCUGAUCCUGAAAAAGUGAAAAAAGAACUGCUAGCUUAUGAUGUGGUGUGUGAGGAUUAUGGAGGCGACAUUCAAGCAGUGCACAUCUCUGCACUUACGGGCAAUAAUCUGAUGGCUUUGGCAGAGGCAACAAUUGCCCUUGCAGAAAUAUUAGAAUUGAAAGCAGACCCCACUGGUCCAGUGGAAGGAGCAGUAAUAGAAUCUUUCACGGACAAAGGAAGAGGUCCUGUUACCACAGCUUUAAUUCAAAGAGGAACUUUGAGAAAAGGCUCAAUUCUGGUUGCUGGAAGGAGUUGGGCAAAAGUACGCUUAAUGUUUGAUGAAAAUGGAAAAACAAUCAAUGAGGCCUGUCCCAGCAUGCCAGUGGGAAUUAUAGGCUGGAGAGACCUACCUUCUGCAGGAGAUGACAUUCUUGAAGUAGAAUCUGAGUCAAGGGCACGUGAAGUUGUUCACUGGAGGAAGUAUGAACAAGAACAGGAGAAAAAUAAAGAGGAUUUGAAAAUCAUAGAAGAAAAGCGGAAGGAACACCAAGAAGCUCAUCAGAAAGCCCGUGAGAAGUAUGGCACUUUGUCCUGGAAGGAAAGAUCAUUUAUAAAGUACCAAGAAAGAAAGGAACAAAAAUCCUUAAAGCCAAAAAAGAAAGCAGAAAGAGACUUAAGGGUACUUCCUAUAAUUAUUAAAGGUGAUGUUGAUGGUUCAGUUGAGGCCAUUUUGGACAUUAUGGAAACCUAUGAUGCGUCACAUGAGUGUGAACUUGAAUUAGUACAUUUUGGUGUGGGUGAUAUUAGUGAAAAUGAUGUUAACCUUGCUGAAACAUUUUGUGGUGUUAUAUAUGGCUUUGGUGUGAGUGCAAGCAGUGUUAUCCAACAAUUAGCUGCAAAAAAAGGAGUAAAAAUUAAACUUCACAAAAUCAUUUACCAUCUUAUUGAAGAUUUGCAGGAAGAACUGGGCAGUAGGUUGCCCCCCAGUGUGAAAGAGGACCCAAUAGGUGAGGCCUCUAUACUAGCUACCUUCUCUGUAACAGAAGGGAAGAAAAAAGUUCCUGUGGCUGGUUGCAGAGUUCAAAAGGGACAAUUAGAAAAACAAAAAAAAUUUAAGUUAAUCCGUAAUGGACACAUUAUUUGGAAGGGUUCAUUAACCUCACUGAAACACCAUAAAGAUGACAUUUUAGUUGUCAAAACUGGAAUGGAUUGUGGUCUCAGCCUGGAUGAAGAAAAGGUAGAAUUUAAAGUGGGAGAUGAAAUUGUUUGUUAUGAAGAAAAGGAAGUUCUAGUCAAGACUUCUUGGGAUCCAGGAUUUUAAAUAUUAAAAAUUAUUAAAUACAUUGCUUUAUUAUA